GAGCAGUUCCAGAGUCGGCUGUUCUUCGGCGUCCAACGGGAACUCAUAGAUCUGAUGCGUAUCACGAGUCUGAACGCGUGUGUGGCCCGAGUCCUCUAUAAUAACAAAUACGAUACAGUGGUCGCCAUCGCCAACGUUGACAACUACUCCGACAUAGAGCUGGCGCUCAUGAAUAGCGGUCCGUUUGAUAAGAGCAAAGCGGCCGACGCUUCGGUCGUGUGGUUACCGGCGCUCAACAAAGCCAUGAAUGUGCGCGAAAUGGCCAAAGCCAUGGUCUUUGAGGCCCGCGAACUCAUCAACAAAGAUCUUGGUAUUAAAGUGUAUGAUUUGAGUCAAAUAUCGAGCGACGGCAGCGCCAGUACAGGCGUCGGCGACCGCUGUCUCGAGGACUUCACCGACGAGUCAAACGAUGCGCCGAACAAUAGGUUUACGAAACUCGUGUCACCCGUGAAACAGACUUUGAGUGAUACUAAAGAGAACGUGGAUUGUGUUGAACGCGAAGACAGUGUUGAGGACAUGUCUUUUGUGGAGGAAUCGGCGCCAUCGGUGGCCACUAAUUGUGAUAAUAAUAAUAGCUGUGAUGUGAGCCGAUCUCAUGCGCAUAUUUCUGAACCGUUGCAGUCGAUGGUUGUGUCGCCGAUGGACAACAUUAACACUUCUAGAAUUGACCAGGAAGAAUUGGACGCCAAUAAGCCGUCGACUUCGAAGAAUGUCAUGUCUUCGACACCAAUUGCUGCACACCAUAGCAGUCGGUCUUCGAGACUGAGGACAGUGUCUGAGAAACAGUUGGAAAACUCAUUUUUAGCCGAUUGUGAUAAACCAAAAGUUAAAGAGGAAUCCAGUUUUGAUUUGGGCGACAGUUUAGACAACAUUUCUUGGGAUCGACUUAACUGUGAUCUCAACAAAAUUAAUGAAAGCCAUAACGAAUGCGAAAUGAAUAGCAUUCAUGAUAUCUCGAUGAAGAACUUGUCUACUAUUAGUACCGAUCUGUUGAACAAACGAUGUCAGAGUCCGGACACUUCGGGCGAUACGCUGAACAGUCGACAGUCAGAUAACUCGUCCAAACGAUCGUCGAGUCCGAGUCCUUCGGGCAAAAUGAUGGCCGAAAGACUGAACAAACGAUCGCAUUCUUCAGCGUCCGAUAUCUCUAAUGUUCUUUCGGACGACAGUUUUCCGCCCUUUUCUGACGACUCGUUGGACAACAAAUCGGAUGUUUCGACCAACAGUUCCGGUAUGGAUGAGGAGGAGCUGUUCUACAAGUCCAAAGAGGAACAGCAAUCGCUGCUCCAACAGGUCCUUCAGGCCAACGAUGCCGACGCCGAAGAGGAGAGGGUCCCCGGCGUUGACUCGGGCUUCAAAGGCGCCGCCGGUUUUGUGCGCAAAGCCGGGAAUAUGAGCUCCAUUUCUGGGGCCGACGAUAAUGUCUAUAUGGAGUAUAAGAAGAAAGCGGGUCCGAAGGGUGACCACAAACAUCCCCUGUUUAAGCGCUUCAGACAAUGA